AAAUUCCAAUUGCUUCAGCCCGGAUUUAUUCCACUAUCCUUAUCACGAGUGCAUUCGAAAGUUGGCAGGUUAGGGCACAUAGUUCCUGGACGACAGAAAAAUGGCCCGACAAUUCGUUAGUUCCGGAUCGUCUUUUGAACAGCGAAUCGGAUACUCUCGUGCUGUAGUGACAGGAGAAUGGGUAUUUGUGUCCGGAUGUACUGGAUACGACUACAAAACCGGCGAAAUCUCCGCAGACGUUGUCCAACAGACAGAGCAAACAUUCAAGAAUAUCGCGGCCGCACUCCACGAGGCUGGCGCCAAUGUGGAUGAGAUUGUGAGAGUCAGGUACAUCCUGCCCCUUCGCGAGGACUUCCCGAAGUGCUGGCCGGUGCUAACGAAAUGGCUUGGAAAUGCACGCCCGGCCGCCACUAUGAUCGUUUCGGGUCUGCUGGACGAGGCCAUGAAGAUUGAGAUUGAAGUGACGGCGAAAAAAGGGUCGGCACAUGCGGAAAGUGAUGUGACCCCCACGGCUUAAAAUGGGAAACACAGAUCAGUUCCGAUGUCUGGCUGUUGAAAAAAUUAAUUUUAUCGAAAAUAAUUUUUGUUUACAUGCCCGUUCCGGUAGCC